AUGCAGGCCAAGUGCAGGGAGGGGGUGGACAUUGCCCACUGCCUGUGCGCCCAGGAAACCAACACGGGGCCCAGCAUUGCGCCGCUGGAGGUCAUCGACCAUUGGGAAAAGGGCAACACGAACGUGGAGAGCGGCAGGUGGUGGGAAAUGAAGGAGACUGCGUGGUGCAGCCAAAGCCCGCCGCCACAGUGGACGGGGUUCCAGGAUUGCUUCCACGCCUGCCAGUUCCGUUUCCGCGACUGCCAUCAGCUCGGGUGCGGGGUCUGCCGGGUUUCCCCUGCGAGCUGCGACGGCGUUGCGGACAAGCUGGUCUACGACCGCUACGGCAACCAACAACACAUGAAUGCGCCCCCUGCCAGGCACUAUUCCUUCCUCGACGCGUGCGUGUUGGGGUGCCAGCGCUAUGUAAACUUCAAGAGUGGUGGUGGCCCCGCGUGCAAGGCGGAGUUGCAGGCUCUGAUUUUUGAGGAGCCCGAGCUGGCGCCGGAGCUGGGUGCCUUGGCUGCUUCGGCGCCUGCCCCGCGCUUGUUGGUCUGGGAAGUUGACGAGUCCGAGAGCGAGGAGCCUUUUGGUGUUCGAGAUUUGGUGUCCGGAGUUGAGGGUGUUGUCAUCUCCUUCGAUUAUCAUCGGGUUUUGGACACCGAUCAUGAGCUCAGGAGGGCUGAGGCAGCUCAAGAGAUCUAUGACCAAGCCAGGAUCAAUGAAAGGCAGGUCAUUGAGCACAUCCGAUUGCGCGGCGUCUUUCAGAUCUUCGGAAAAGAUGCGGCGUUCUGCGCCGUGUUGGCAGACGUGGCGGGGCAGCGGCAGUAUCAUUGCGCUCCUGUGCAGAUGCCCCGAAUCAACCCCGUGCCCAAGUUCUCUCUGAAAAUCCUCUGGUGCCGCGUCGCGAUGCUUCUGGCCCACGCCGCGGCGGCGCGCACGGCCUCUGACCUCGACCUGACGCUGACCACCAGCUGCAAUUUCAUGGACGGUCUGAACGUUUCAGCGCAGGUGAGCGGAUGGAGCCGUUGGAGCCUCACUGCCGGCGGCUUGAGGAAGGAGUCGAAGUCCAUGUGCGAGCGACACUAUACCAACAACGAUAGAGACUUUACCGUGCGGUCCUACGAGGGCAGGUGGCUGGAAGAGAAGUGCAAUGAGGGGGUCGACAUUGGCCACAGCCUGUGCGCCCAGGAAACCAACACGGGGCCCAGCAUUGCGCCGCUGGAGAUUGUAGACCAUUGGGAAAAGGGCCUCGUGGACACGGGGGGUGGCACCUGGUGGACUGCGAAGGAGGCUGAGUGGUGCAGCUUGAGCCCACCACCGCGGUGGACGGGAUUUGAGGACUGCUUCCACGCCUGCCAGUUCCAUUUCCGCGAUUGCAAGCAGCUCGAGUGCAGCGCCUGCAAGGGUUCUCCUGCGAAUUGCGAUGGCAUUUGGGACAGAGACUUCACGGAAAGCGACAGGCUCUACUUCUUCGACGCUUGCACAUUCGGGUGCCAGCACUACGUACACCUGAAGAGCGGCCAGGGCGGUGGCCCCGCGUGCAAGGUGGGCAGCAUGCGGACGCAGAAGCGCACCAUCAUGAAGAAAGAUGGGGUUAACCCGCCUUGGUAG